AUGCACUUCUCACUGAGGAGGCGGGAAACCGAGCUGUCCGUCCGCCAUGGCGACGUGGAGAAGCAACCAGAAGCAGCCAUGCGUUGGCUAGGCCUCUGGCUGGACAGGAAGUUGACAUUCAAGACACAUGUCGAGAAUUGGCCAGCCAAGGCCCAGGCGGUCGCCCACCACCUCCGAAGCCUAGGAAACACACGGCGCGGCCCCAAGCCGAGCGCCGUGCAGAGGGCAGUCAGAGCCUGUGUCGAGCCGAUACUGCUCUUCGGCGUAGAAGCGUGGUAUCCAGGUACAACGUCGCCACGCUGGAGACGACCAUCAAAGGAAGGACCGUCCAGAGUCCAGCAGCUUGCGCGGAAAAUGAGCAAGGCUCUCAAGCAGGCCAUCCGAGCCAUUCUCCCAACCUGGAAGACCACACCGAUCGCUGUCUUGCACCGAGAGAGCGGCAUACCCCCCGUCCACCAACUUCUGGAGGCAAGACGUCUUCGCUUCUCUGCUCGCAUCAAAUCACUGGACUAUGCACACCCUCUGGCCAAACGCACCGCCGAGGCAGCGCCACGGCCUAUCAUCAAGUGUAUCAAGUUGAAGUACCAGCUCCCGCCAAAGACCUUUCCAACCAGGUUGAGGAGGACGAACAGACUGCUUGGUAAUUGCCAACGCCCCGUACUCAUCCCGCGUAAAUACAGCCACGAACCACAGCAGCCUCUCCAAACUGCAUCCAAAGAAGAGUCCGCCAAAGACUUCGAUCGAUGGCUUCAAACGAUCCCGGCGCUUAGUCUUGUCGUGUACUCUGACGGCUCUCUGUCCCCCAGCGGUGCCGCCGGAUACGGCUAUGCUGUUCAUCAAAACAGACGCUCUGUUUGCCAAGGCGCAGGACGCCUCGGCCCUGCGGAGGUGUUCGACGCUGAGGCUAAAGGAGCGCUGGAGGGCUUCAAAGCCGCCCUUCGGCUUCCCCAGUCUGCCACACAACGAAUAGUGGUAUGCUUCGACAACAUCGCAGCUGCCGCAUGUCUCCGAGGCAAACCCUCCGACUCGUCGCAGAGGGUCUUCUUGACAUUUCAGGCCCUAGCAAAGACACACCGAAAGACUGAAGUCCGCUGGAUACCCGGACACACGGAGAUUCCAGGAAACGCGCGGUCUGCUUUUGGCAGAAUAAUGUGGCUUUUAUCGAUGCUCUUCCAUCUCGCCCAGAAUUUUGAUAUCGUGCUCUGCGCCCUCAUGGCGCACGGAUGGGCGAAGAGAAAUAUAAACCGCUACCACCCGGACUAUCGUGAUAUCACUAUUUCCCAACCAAACCUGUUAGCCCUUCCCGUCGAUGGUGACGUGUCUGAUCAGGUGCUGAAUAUCGAGGAAUCUGAGGAGAUGAAGGACAAGGAACCGGGGAGGCAAGGAGAUAGCAGGGCUUGUGGGGAAGGGGACGAACGGGGUAUUGAUGCGGAUUUCCCUGGCCCGUCUCAAGAAACUGUGGUACCUAACCACGACAUUCGCCAGACCGAGGCAGAGCUUUUGGAAGAGGCUUUUCAUAGGAGGGGCAAACCUACCGCUCAAGCGCCGGAAAUUAGGCAAACUCCCAUUGAUGAGUUGGGCAGAAAACACCGCCUGUUUGCUAUGUGUUUCCCUACAUUGUUUCCAGCACUCCUGAAAUCUCAUGAUGGAAGAUUCGGUGCUCACCCCCGCUUUCGGUUCUUAGUCUUCAACAUGCUCAUGAGAAAGAAAGCUCAAGAGGCCUCUGGUUUCUGGGUAAAGAAACGCCCGGAUCUCUUGGGCCUGUCACUGGACGAGUUGAAGGAGUUACUAGGCGAGGAGAGUACUCUGCUCAAGAACAUCGUUCGUUCAGGGGCCGCUUUGACUGGGACGCGCCCUUAUUGGAGGCAGAAAGAAAACGCUCUCAAGGCAACAGCCCGUUAUUUCGGAACUACGGGGACUGUUUUCUGCACGUGGAGUUGUGCUGACCACCAAUGGGAUGACCUCCACAGGCACUUACCCCGCUAUGUGCAAUGGAGGGAUGGCACGGAUGAGGAUCGCCGGAAGAUCGCCUGGGAGAACGUACAACGAUUCCCUCACAUUAUAGCCGCUUGGCUCGAUAUUCGGUUCAAAGCAUUCUUGAAAUAUGCUAUGACAAGCUUUCUGGGGUUAGAUGACUAUUGGUUUCGAUAUGAGUGGCAAGCUCGUGGAACAGGACACAUCCAUUGUAUCAUCUGGAUGAGGGAUUCGCCCGCCAUGGGUGCCAGGACGCCAGAGCAACGGGAGGCUUUUGCACAGUACUGGAAUAAGAAAGUUACGGCCGUCAAUCCAAACAGUACGAGGCUGCCGGAUGCCAGGAAUCCGGCUUCUUUGCCCUUCAUUCAUAUCUGCAAUACCGAUGAACAGGUGGCAGUCUUCAUGAAUCGCUUUCAAAUGCACGCCAGAUGUGCCCCUGGAAGGUGCCUGCGCAAAGACAAGACCACGAAUGUCGUGGAAUGCCGGUUUUUCUUUCCUCGGGAGCUUCAAGAACGUGCUCUGGUCACAAAGAGUAUCAACAAAAAGAGUUGGAUGUUCGGUGUGGAACGCAAUGUGGAACGCCUUGCCCAGUGCUCGCCGGUGAUGGCCCUUGGGUGGCUAGCAAACACGGAUCUGCAACCGGCGGUUACAUAUAAGGGGCUGAUCCUCUAUGUUGCCAAGUAUGUGUCGAAGCCAGAAAUCAGAUCUGCCUCAUAUCAAGAGUUGCAGGAGCAGAUUCUGCCAUAUGUCAGUGAUCGUCGUCCAAUUGCUUCCUUUGCGGCGAGGCUGCUCAAUAAGCUUAUUGGGGAACGUGAUUGGUCUGCCCAAGAGAUUUCCCAUAUCUUACUCAAGAUUCCUCAGCAGAAGUCGACAAGGCUAUGCAUGGUUUUGGAUUGUCGUCCUGACCACGCUCAAGAUCGCCAUAUCCAAUUUGAUGUUGGUGGGGCAGGGGAAGAUAUGGCGGUGAAAGAAGGGCUUUCGGCAUACAAGCGCUAUAAAAUGCGGGUUGAGCAUGCCAGUGGUGGAGAGCACUUGAGAGAUGUAAGUCUGAUCGAUUGGCUGCAGCACUACGAUGCAAACAAGUUUCAACGCCUCUCUAAAGGCAAACCGCGGACUGUGACGUUCUUUCCUCGCUACAAGUCAAACCCGACCGAUGAUGAGUAUGAGGACUACUGUCGAGUGAAGAUGAUGUUGUCUCAUCCAUUCGAAAAGGUAGAAGAUGUUCUGGAAGUGAAUGGAUUCCAAGCCGAGACCUUUCAAGAAGCAUAUGAACUCUGCUGCGAUAACCACAACCAUGGGGAUGACCUUUACGAUGAGUUGGAUGUCGACGAUGAUGACACAGAGUUCGACGCCGAUGAGGAAUUCGAAGACGUUAACCCAUCCCAGCCCACGCCUCCUGCGUCGCUUGCAGACUUCGAAACCUACGGGCUUGCGCACCCGGGAAACGACCUGACGCGAGUUGAAGAUGGUGAUAACUUGGGAGAACGCGACUCUGAUCGGCAAUACGACUGGAGCCGUCACGUAGGCAAGUAUAACAUUAACCCGUUGUUUUGGGAUGUUACGAAGCGUGCAUUUCCUGCGGAGCAAAUUCUCCCCUCUUUGAAUUGUGUAGACAACCGCGAGCAACGCACGGUUUACAGCCUGAUCGUCGAUCAUUACACCGAUUUUCUUGCUGGGAGGAACCCUCCCCAGUUGAGGGUCAACCUUGAUGGUGUCGCAGGAACAGGCAAGACAUACAUGCUUUUACAGGCAAGUAAGAAACUGGAAGAUAUGGCGACUAUUGCAGGAGUGAGAGACCCUGUUUUGCGGGCUGCUCCGACGGGGAUCGCUGCCCACAAUUUCCACGGCCGCACGCUGCAUAGCCUAUUUAAGGUUCCUGUCAAAAUCCCCGCACAGGGGCUUUCUCAGAAACUCUCGAGAUCGAACCUGUGUUCUUUGCAGGCUGUCUUCAAACAUUGCAAAUACCUUAUUAUUGAUGAGAAGUCUAUGAUUGGCAUUAAAUUCCUAGGCCUUCUGGAUCGCCGUCUCAGAGAAAUCUUCCCAGCCCGUCAGGAUGAGAUGUAUGCCGGCAUCAACAUUUUUGUCUGUGGCGAUUUCCACCAACUCCCUCCUAUUGGAGCUACUCAAGCAUAUCGAGCACCGGAUACAACAGUCCGGUUAACACAGUUGAUGCGGCAAGAUGGCGAUGACAACGAGACGCUUCAGUUCCGCCGCGCGCUCGAAGAGUUGCGGGUUCACCAAGUAUCCCAGCAAAGUUGGCAGCUUUUGAGUACCCGAGUACAGAAUGAACUAACCUCUAAUGAGGUAGAAUCCUUUAAGGAUGCACUGCGUCUUUACUUCCGCCGAGAGGAGGUUCGUGUGCACAACCACCAGCGCCUCCGCGACUGCAAACAGCCUAUCCUUAAAAUCAAGUCUACGCAUACGGGCCAAGGCGCGGAGAGCGCAAACGAUGACGAGGCAGAUGGGUUGGAUCCUCAUCUUUGCAUCUGUCUAGGGGCAAGGGUUAUGUUAACAGAAAAUAUCUGGGUUGAGAAUGGCUUGGUGAACGGGUCUAUGGGGACGGUGAGGGAUAUCGUCUGGAGAGAGGGUCAAGAUCCUACCAAGGAUAUGCCAACUGCAAUUAUGGUAAAGGUCGAUGAUUACGCCGGGCCUAAGUUCCCGGGCACCGACUGCAUUCCCAUCUUCCCUGUCACCAGGCGAUUCGAAUACAAAAAACGUGACUGUUCGCGCACUAACUUCCCCCUUCGCCCUGCGUACGCUAUCACGGUGCACAAAGCACAAGGAUUGACGCUGAAACAAGUGGUCUUGAACCUGGAGCGGAAGGACCAUGCGCCAGGAUUGUCAUACGUUGCCAUAUCUCGAGUUAAGAAACUUUCUUCCAUCAUGUUUGAGACGCCGUUCGAUCUAAGUCGAUUCACAACCAAAGCUGGCACGAAGAGAAAGACGCUAAUGACCCUCAACGCAACCCAGAACGGACGAAGCGAUAAGAUGGUAUUAGACGCCGAAGUCAUGGGACAUCGCGUUCGCAUACUUGUGGACAGUGGCGCGAUGGGCAACUAUAUCUCACCCAGAGUUGUUAAUCGUUACCAACUACCGUGGAAACACAAAGAGGCACCAUACGAGUUAACUGAUAUCGAAGGAAAACUUUUUGCCUAUAAUGACGGAAUCAUUAACCAAGAGACUGAUCAUCUCGAAGUACAGAUUCAAGGUCAUUCAGAAGUGAUUCAACUCGAUGUCAUGGACGUAUCGGAACACGACCUAGUGUUAGGGUACCCAUGGUUAUGGGAGAGUAACCCACUGAUCAACUGGAGGACAGGCCAACUGAAGUGGAACGAGACUUCAGGCCAACAGAAUCAGCAGAAUUCGGAAGAGAGAACGAAAUUUCGUCAUAACUUAGCUCACGAGCAGAGUUCUGAAGAAAAAGAACCUUCAAGCAAGUUAUCUAAGGACCAACGACAACAAACAAGCGGCAGAAAAGUAGUCAAAACAAUUGGAUCCACCGUAACGACCUCGACGGCGCUACAAACCGGAAUACGAACAACAAUAAGUAACAAAAAGACAAAAGCCAAGAUCCGAAAGGUUAUUGCCACCUUAAGGAAAGACCUCGCAAACACAAAUAAGAAACUCGAAGAAGAGAAGAAAAACAAGAAUGACAACAACGACAAAAGCCCAAUAACAAAAGAAGAAAGACUCAAGAAUAUCCCUAAGGAAUACCGGAAAUACGAAAAAUUAUUCGCAGAAGAAUUGGAAACCGGAUUACCAGAACACAGUCAAUGGGAUCAUCAGAUUGAACUAAUAAAUGGAAAAUCGACGACAUUCCAUAAAAUUUACAACUUGAACGCAAAAGAACUCGAAGCGCUACGAGAAUACAUCGACGAGAUGUUAGCAAAAGGCUACAUCAGAGCAUCCACAUCAGAAGCUGGAUACCCAGUUAUGCUCUAUGCCGACCCCUGA